UUUUUCCUAGUUCACACAUGUUCUUUUCUUAUUGCAAAAGUUUGGACCUGCUUGAAUUUACUAAAGUUUAGCAAUUAACUGUAAAAUAUGAUAGCAUAAGCCGUUUGUGAACGUUUACAUUAACAAAACUCUACUUCAGAUCUGUGUUAGCAUGCUAAAGAUGUCACUUUGCAAAUGAUAUGACAUUUGAUGCUUCUUCCAGAAUAUAUUACUUUGCUCCUGUCAGGCAUAAUGUUCCUGUUUUCUGCUUAUUAUAUAAAGUAUAAGCUAUAAAGGAACAUUACAUAUUAUCCAUAACUUCAUUAUUGAAAAGAAUCUGAUGCAUAAAAUGUUCUUUCCCAAGGUCAAUGCUAAAUUCUGGUAAUUGUUGCCCCUUCCAUACGGUUUGACAAAGAGUGGCGUCAGUCAAAUGAAGAAGAAGAGAGCAGGAACAUCACUUAAAGCACAAGUGGAAGAAAAGAAACCCAAAGUCACAGUUAAACAUGAGACAUCUGAGGAGGAAGAAUCAGAAGGUGAAGAAGAAACACAAGUAGUUGAAGAAGUAGAGGAAGAAGAAGAAGAAGUUGAAGAGGUAGAGGUUGAAGAAGAAGAGGAAGAAGAGGAUGAGGAAGAAGAAGAGGAGGAGGAGGAAGAAGAAGAAGAGGAAGAUGAAGAAGAAGAUGAUGAGAGUUCUAAAAAGGAGACUCUUAAGAAGCUUUUAGAGCCAUUAUCAAAAGCCAAGAUCAUCGAUUUCAUCAAAGAAGCAGCUCUGAGUGACACUUCAAUAAUGGCUACCCUCACCCAGACUGCUGAGGUGGACCCCGCCCACCGCAAGAUCUUUGUCUACGGCCUUGGCUGGGACGCCACAUCAGACCAAGUCCUCUCCGUCUUCAAACCUUUUGGUGAUAUCGAAGAAUGCAAGGUUUUAAUGGAUAAGGUAACGGGAAAAGCCAAAGGCUACGGCUUUGUUCUCUUCAAGACCCGAAGAAGCGCACAAAAAGCCCUCAAACAAACACAGAAAAAGAUAGGAUCCCGCAUGGCAUCUUGCCAGCUGGCUUCAGCAGGUCCAGGUGGACCCACCAACAACCAGACCGGUGUCACUGCCACGUCAGAUCCAGCGGGACGAAAGAUCUUCGUCGCAAACGUCGGGUCCCACGUGAAUCCCAACGCGCUCAAGUCCUACUUCACAAAGUUUGGAGAAAUCGAGGAUGGGCCGUUGGGGAUGGACAAUGCAAGUGGAAAGUUCAAAGGGUUUGCCAUGUUUGUGUAUAAGACAGUUGAAGGCUGCAAGAAGGCUUUGGAGGAACCGAAUAAGGUUUUUGAUGGAUGUCAGUUGCAUUGUAGACAAGCUGUGGAUAAUCAACGUGGUGGAAAUAAAAGCAACAAAAAGGCGCAAAUGGGUAGUAUGAAUAAUAUGUCUAAUAAUCAGCAGCAAAGUGAGAUUGGGAAUGUGGGGUAUGGUUAUGCUCCUCCUCAGCUUAUGAAUAUGAAUCCGAUGUUAGUGUCUGCUUUAAAUCAGAAUAGUGUAGCUCCAGCACAGCAGUCUUUUGGUCUCAAUGGUGGUUAUGGAAUGAAUACAAACAUGAUUGCAAGUUAUGGUUCUCAAUUAGGGUUAGCAUACCAGAAUAAUAAUGUUUCUCAGGUGGGACGUUCUUCAGGUGGAACAACACCAGCACUGCCAGCUAGGCAACAACAAUCUGGAGGUGGGAAUUUUCCUUCAUACCUUGGUCGCUAGUUCAUACUCACUCAACUUCCUUUCUGUGAGAUCUUAGGUUGUGAUUGACAAUUUGUUUCUUUCAGUUAUGUUGUUUUGUUGGAUAGAUGCAUUGUUAAAGGUGGUUUAAAGAUGGUCCUUUGUAAACCAAGAAAACUGUGAAAUUGUAAUGGUUUCUUGAAUGAACUUUGACUAUUUUCAUCAA